UUCAGGAACGUGAGGUGGCUGCCAUGUGUUUCCUCGUCGUGGAUGUUUCGCCCUCUGUCUGGAGACACUUCCAAACUUUCUGGAUCUGCGUUUGGCACAUGCAACGACCAGGACGUCAAUUUAGUGGAAAGAAGUCGCGGCGUAAAUGGAGGUUUGAAAGCCCCCAGUUCUCCAACAGGACUGCAUGGAGGUGGAGGCAGUGACUUUUUGGCUACUGGUAGGAGAGCCCCAGUUCGGCAUUCCCAGGACUCUGCAUAUCUCAGGACUCUGUACAUCACCAGAAGUAGGAAGAAAAGUGAGCACGUUCAUGGAGGCAAGAAUCCAAGGCAAAUGGAGAUGGCUCCACAAGCAGGAGCACAUGAGGAGCUUUCCAGUUGGUAUAUCUGGCAACAAAUUGCAAGUGACUUAACCAGGUGUCAAGAAUCUGUGAGCAAUAGGUCUCAGUUCUACAAACAAGGUGAUUCACCCUCUCUUGUUGCAGGAGGACUGUCUGUUAUUCACACAGGAGAGAAAACUUGCCAGUGUAACAAGUGUACAGAAACUUUCAGUGAUGUUCCCAGCUUUGAUCUUCAUCAGCAAUUACACUCAGAAGAGAAGUCUCUCACAUGUAGUGAGUGUGGAAAAAGCUUCCGUUAUAUUUCAUGUCUUCGUAAUCAUCAGAGAGCUCAUAUGGGAAAGAACCGCUAUAAGAGUGAUGUAUGUGGUAAGGAAGUUAAUCAGAGCUCACAUCUCCAAAGUCAUCUGAAUGUCCACACUGUAGAGAAACCACACAAAUGUGAGGAAUGUGGGAAGCGUUUCAAGCAUAGAGCAACACUUAAAGUUCAUUGCAAAGGCCACACAGGAGCAAAACCUUAUAACUGUGAGGAAUGUGGGAGGGAUUUUAUGUAUCCUUUGCAUUUUCAGGAACACCAGAGAAUCCACGUUGGAGAACGAUCAUUCACAUGUGAUAUAUGUGGUGUGAACUUUCAUCGUAGAGCAGCACUUAAUAAUCAUUGCAUGGUCCAUAUGGGAGAGAAACCUUACAAAUGUGAAGAGUGUGGGAAGGGCUUCAGUCGUAGAGCAUCUGUUCAAAUUCAUUAUAGAAUCCACACAGGAGAGAAACCCUAUAAUUGUGAGGAGUGUGGGAAGGGUUUCAGGACCAGUUCACAAAUUCUGGCCCAUGAGAGAGUCCACAGUGGAGAAAAGCCAUUCAGAUGUGAAGAGUGUGGGAAGUACUUCAGUCGUAGAUCACAUCUUCAACUUCAUAGUAAAAUCCACACAGGAGAGAAAUGCUAUAAUUGUGAUGAUUGUGGGAAGGAUUUCAGACACGCUUCACAACUUGUAGCCCAUCAGAGAGUCCACAGUAGAGAAAAACGGUUCAAAUGUGAAGAGUGUGGGAAAAGCUUCAGUACUAGAAGAAAUCUCCAAGUUCACUGUAGAAUCCACACAGGAGAGAAACCAUAUAAAUGUGAGGUGUGUGGGAAGACCUUCAGAUAUGCUUCACAAUGUUUGUCCCAUCAAAGAGGUCACAGUGGAGAAAAACCCUUCAAAUGUGAAAAGUGUGAGAAGAGUUUCCAUCAGAAUUCACUCCUUAAAGCCCAUCGAAGAGUCCAUAGUGAAGAAAAGCCAUACAGAUGUGAUGAGUGUGGGAGGGGCUUCAAGUGGAGCAAUAAUCUUAACACACAUCUGAGGGUCCACACAGGAGAAAAACCAUAUAAGUGUGGGGAGUGUGGGAAGUACUUCAGUCAGGCCUCGAUUCUUCAACUUCAUAAGCGUGUCCACACUGGAGAGAAACCAUACAAAUGUGAUGUGUGUGGUAAAGUCUUCAGUCAAUCUUCAAACCUGUACUGUCACCAGAGAAUUCACACUGGGGAGAAACCUUACAAAUGUUAUGAGUGUGGAAAGGGCUACAGUCAUAGAACAGAUUUUCAAAUUCAUUAUAGAAUCCACACAGGAGAGAAACCAUAUCAUUGUGAGGAGUGUGGGAAGGCUUUCAGGGCCUUUUCACUAUUUUUGUCCCAUCAGAGAGUCCACAGUGGAGAAAAACCAUUCAGAUGUGAAGAGUGUGGGAAGUACUUCAGAAAUAGAUCAAAUCUUGGACAUCAUCGUAGAAUCCACACAGGAGAGAAGCCCUAUAAUUGUGAGGAGUGUGGAAAGGAUUUCAGAUAUGCUUCAAAACUUCUGGCCCAUCAGAGUGUCCACAGUGGAGAAAAACCAUUCAAAUGUGAAGAGUGUGGGAAGUACUUAAGUAGUAGAUCGACUCUUCAGCGUCAUCGUAGAAUCCACGAAGGAGAGAAACACUAUUAAUUGUGAGGAGUGUGGAAAGUGCUUCCAGAAGGCUGCGUAUCUUUUGAAAUAUCACAGUGUCCACAGUAGAGAAAAACCAUUCAAAUGUGAAGAGUGUGGGAAGGGCUUCAGUACUAGACUAAAUCUCCAAGUUCACUGUAGACUCCACUCAGGAGAGAAACCCUAUAAAUGUGAGGUGUGUGGGAAGGCCUUCAGAAAUGCUUCGCAGUGUUGGUUCCAUCAAAGAGUGCACAGUUGAGAAAAACCCUUCAAAUAUGAAGAGUGUGGGAAGAGCUUCAGGUGGAGUAAGAAUCUUAACAUGCACCGGAGGGUCCACAUAGGAGAGAAACCAUAUAAGUGUGGGGAGUUGGGAUAUACUUCAGUCAGGCCUCAAGACUUCAACAUCAUGAGCAUGUACACACUGUUGAGAAACUGUAUAAAUGGGAUGUAUGUGGUAAAGUCUUGAGUCGAUCCUCACAACAGUCUCACCAGAGAAUUCAGACUGGGGAGAAACCUUAGUAGUGUGAUAAUUUGUGGUAAGAGUUUCAGUUAGAGAUCAGAUCUUUUAAACUACAAAAUCCAUGCCAUGAUCAGUUUUCUGAAUGUGAUAAUAGUGUUAAGAAGAUCAAAGAAUCCUAACAGGAAUGAAUUCUACAAAAUGAAUGUUUUAAAAAACUUGUGUGCAAUCUGAAUUCUUAUAGUCCUCAGGUCUCAGAAAAGACAAUAUUUGUUUUAUUAAAUUCUGACUUUCAGCAAAGCACACAUCAGUGAACCUUUAUGAGUUAUGCAAUAGGGGCUUCAGUCAGAACUUAGGAAUUUAUGAGAUAUCACUCAAGAGAUAGGCUUUGAGAAGAAUGAAAGUUUGAUUUGGUGUUUAGCAAAAGUAUGAUAUACGUACGAAAAUUAAUAUCCACUAGAAUGUAAGCUCCAUGAGUGCAGAAACUGCUGUGGGGUUUGUAGGUAUGUGCAAUGUUUAUUUGUUAAAUGAAUCAAAAAGAGACAAUGUACAAUAUUUGAAAAUUUCACCCAGAAAGGAUACCUGAAAAAUGAAUAUUCAAGGGAACAAACAUUAGUGUAAAUGUGGAAAACCACUCAAUACUGUAACCUGAAGUAAUGAUAGAGUAGUAAUGUAUUGCAAAGGAGGCCUGGUGGUGCAAUGGUUAAGCACUUGACUGCUAAAUGAAAGGUUGACAGUUGGAAUUCACCAGAGGCUCUGGGGGAGAAAAGCCCUGACAAUCUGCUC